AUGGCUUCGAACAAAAAUGAGAUGACCAAAUCGGAUUCGUCGCGAAUUCAAUCGACUCAAGCCAGGAGCGGUGGCGACAUGGGUGCCAGCGGCUUUGCCGCUCGAGCAGAGUCGGCCGGCGACCGAAAUGCCGCUUCCCAGGCCGGUUCAGGUUCCCAGGGAACAGGUUCGGGGCAGGGCAGCACUGGAUCUGGUGCUUCUUCGGGGGCCAAGAAAUGA